AUGUCGGCAUGGGAAACUGACAAUGCUUUUGUUAAAGCUGCCACGAACUUAUACAAAGUGACUAAUCAGACUGAUUCUUGUUGGGUUUGUGGCUAUGUCCCUCAUGGGGGGAAAUGGGGUUAUCCAUUUGUGGGUUUUCCUAUUACCGCACACAAUUUGACACAAAUGAUAAAUGAUGAUACUAUGUGGAAUUUUACACCAAUAGUUAACACUGAUAAAGGUUUUGAAAAGGAUAGGGUACACUUAGUCAAUUGUGUAAACCAUGGUGUUAUUAUGUCCCAUAAUCUUAAUGGUACUAGUUUUCACCCCAGUACACUUAGUCAAAUGCCUAUUACAGUUGCCUUAAUCUACAAUGCAGCCACACCAGUUAAUGCUACACUGUUAAAUAUAUGGGAUGGAUCUUAUCUUUCUUUUGAGUAUAUUCGUAAUUUUACUGCUAAGUAUACUGAACCACACAACACAAUUCGUAAUUGGUUCUGGCGUAACAACAGAAAUAUAGGUAAACAGACAGGUGCUUCUCCAGAAGCUAAGAGGAAAAGAUUUCCCUCAUGUCCUUCAGUUAUUAAGUUACCUUAUGGUUAUUAUUGGCUUUGUGAAAGAUGGGCAGUUAAAAUUAUACCAUGUAGCCAUCUCUCACCUUGUUAUUUGGGUUACAUAUUCCCAGCAUUAAGUAUUCAUGACACACUCCCUAAUGCUAAACUGCGAACACGUAGAGCUUCUGAUUUUACAGUUAAGACUAGUACUGCCGAGAUAGCUACUGCAUCUUGGUUUCCUACCGCAGCUGUCAUGCGCUUAUAUUAUAAGCUUAAUUUGUUUGCUACACUGGUAGAUGCAGCUUUUAAUUCCACUGCAGACGCUAUAGAGUCCUUAACUAUGCGACAAGAGCAGAUCGCUCAGACUGCUCUCCAGAAUCGUAUGGCUUUAGAUUAUUUGCUAGCAGCAGAAGGGGGAGUAUGUAAGCGCAUAGGUUCUUCUUGCUGUGUUUUUAUCUGGAACAACACUGGUAGAAUACACCAUGAUCUUGACACUUUGCAUGACAUUCAAUCACACAUACGUAAGCAGCCAACAGGUCUCUUUGAUGGUAUAGAUUGGACCUUUGGUCUGAGUUCCUGGCUAGGAGCUCUUGGUAUGAAAAUAAUAAUCGGUUUUGCAUUUCUUCUUUUUCUGUUUCUUGCUUUCUUUUUCAUAUAUAAGCUUACUGUGUGUUUGAUUAAUAAGCUUACCAGUACUCAUGCUAACCCUCACCAUUCCUUUUUCCAUAAUGUUACCGCUCAGCCAUCUCGCUAUAAGGUUCUUUAUAUUCGUUAA